AUGCUUAGAGAAGAGAAUCCAACAGAAGAACCGCAAUUAUCCUGUGGAAAAUGCGCUUCCUUGGAAAUGGAUUUGCAGGCGUUACAGAAGCGGAACCGAACGAUCGUUGAGAAUUUUUCACUGUACCGCUCCUCCGUUGACCGCGAGCUCAGCUCCAAAGACAAGGAAAUUGAGAGACUGAACUGCUCUGUCACAGGACAACAAAAAGAGAUCGAAACACAAGGAGCAAGUCCGAUUGAAUUCUUCUCUGUCUUCUCUCCGCGACGAACUGGAGGUCGAAAAGGCGAAGAACUCGCAGAUCAGCUCGCAAUACCUCUCGCUUCAGUUCAAACUCGCUCAAGAAAAGGCGACCAAGACGAUCAAAAGCACCGCAGCCUCGAUCUCCUCCUCGAUCAAAUCGUUCUCGCAGGAUUUAUUCACCCGCAAGACCGAUCUAGCGGUUCUCAACGAAGGCUACUCGCAGUUCGUGGCUCGCUACGAGAACGACAUGCGUCAAAUCGAGUCGGUCGUCAAGGAAAUGGAGACGAAGUAUCAGAAGAUGCUGGAAGACUGGAAGACGAGCGAGGAGGAGCACAAGAAGCACGCUGUCGAGUUAACCGAGGAAAACGAGCGAGUGCGGCAGGAGCGAAACCAGCUGGAAUCGUCGCUUCGAUCCACGAUCCAGACCUUGGAGGCCGCGAACCAAGAGCUCUCCGACGAGCUGGUCAAAGUGCGCGUGGAGUUCAAGGUGUCGGACCAGGAGGAAAACAACGCGCACAUCCAGCGAUUGACCACCAAAAUCGAGCAAUUGGAGAAGGAAAAAUCGGACGCGGAUUCGGCGGCUGCGGCGGCUGCGGAGGCGGCAGCGGAGAGAGAGCGCGGCUUGGCGGAGUCGCUGGCGCGGGAAAGCGAGCGAGCGAAGAGUUUGGAGCAGCAUUUGAUGCAAUUCGAGGACGUGGACGCGUCGAAGCAGCAGGAAGAAGAGCGGAAACGCGUUCUGGAGAAACUGUCCGAAUGGACCGUGGAGGAGCGCCAGUACGACAAUCCGGGGUACGGUCUGGACGACGUGAGCGUGAGCUCGCUGCUGGGCAUGUGGCCAACCGACGAGUCGACGCGCCAGCAAGCCAUCGCGUGGAUGAAUCAGUUCAUGACCCAGGUAGGCGCGGACUUCGCUCUGCAUCGCAGCUCGACAACACGCAGAAGACCGAGUUGGUGCUGGGCGGCCUGCCGUUGGAGCUGUACGAGAGCUUCGUGCAGGUGAUCGUGCCCAUUUUGCAGUCGCGAGAGCGCGCCAAUCUCCAGGUUUUCAAGCGGCAAGCGCUUGUGUAUGGUCGGAGUUGGGCGAGCGUGGGACGUAGAGAUGAAGCUCAGCGCGGGAGAAGCGCCGGCGCAGUCGUCUGUGCUGGAAAACGCGGAGAACACGCCUAUGGCCGAGGCGUCGAUGGCGAUGGCGAUGGCGACGUCGACGUCGACAUCGACGGCGAUGGCGGAGACGGGAGCAGUAGAGAGUGCAGAGCAGAAACCGAAGAAGAGUGA